CCAAGCUGAACUUCAUGAAUGUCCACUCCAGAGUAACUUUUCUCUUGAUGAAUAAGCCCGCCUACCCAAUAAGAGGUAAGUACCUAACCUGGUGUGUACCUGCAGCCAUAACCCAAGCUGAUUUUCCACUUGCUACUUCAAGUAUUGACAGCGGUGGUGCCUUAUCACAGUGCUUGAAGUGCACUGACCAUCCAGGUCUUCAGGUGACUUUUGCAGCCACUGUGGAUUUCUGUGCUGCCACUGCUGUGUCUCAUCCGCAUGUGGCCCAGCUGGCCUGAAGCCAUCCUGGAUGCUGCCACAUGACCUACAGCUCCAGAAAGAAGAGAAAUGUAGAGAUAUUUCUCUGAGAAGAGACUUCAGGAAGUCUUUGUGUCCCACUCCAGCUUAGAGCAGGGUUGACUUCUAAGUUAGGUCAUGUUGCUCAUGACCUCAUCUAGCUGAAUGUCUCCAAGGGUGGAGAUGCUCCAUUUUCUGCAAGUGCCUGUUCCUGGGCUGAAACACAUUGAAGAAUUUUUUCUUUCCAACCAUGUGUAAUUUCUCUUGCUGCUUCUUGUGCCUAUUGCCUCUGCCUGUCUGCUAUGCACCUUCAAGAAGGAUCUGGCUUCACCUCCUCUGUAACAGCCUUUCAGUUAGUGGGAAACUGCAAUUUGGUCCUAAAGAGGAUUCUGCUACUGAGCUCUCAGCCUCUUCUCUCACAUGUGUACUCCAGCUCCCUGACCAUCCUGUUGGGUUUUUGCUGGAUUCACUGCGCUUUCAGUCUUUCUCUUACACUGGAGAACUCGAGACUGACAUAGCAUUGCAGAUACAGUCUCAAAAGCGCUUGUGCAAAGGGGAAGGAUCGCCUGUCAUGACCCGCUGUGAGCGCUGCAGCUCAUGCAGCUCAGGAUGCUGCUGUUGGUUUGCUUUAUUGCAAGGGUGCGUUGUUGGCUCUUGUUUGGCUUGCUGUCCACCAGGACAUCAAGGGCCUUUUCUUCAAAAACUUGUUUACAGGCUGUAUGGAUACACUUAGGGCUGCUGCCAGGAAACAUGUCCCUGAGAAUGAGCUGCAUCCAUUCCCUUGUAUUUUGGGCCUCUUCAGGCUAUCUCAGUUUGGCCUCCCCAAAAUGAAAUAACCUCCUCUUAUGCAUAUUUAUGCUAGACAUUCUUUGAUUCUUUGGCUUUGGGCUUUAGGAUAAUGGAGGCCAGUCCCCUAGGACUCCUAAACAUAUGGAUAACUCUUUCUUCCUCUGGCAAUCCUGGAGGAAAUGAACUACCCAAGUGAGUGAACCGACGUGGAAUUUAAGUUAGAGCCCAGUGUAAAUGCCAACAGAUACUGGCUAAAAGUAUCCACUACUUUUACUGCUGCAGAAAGAAUGACACACAGCUCUGAUAACUUGUCUCGUGGUGAGUCCUACCAGGCUGUGCCUGGAUCCAGGAUGAUUGCUGCAUUUCCUGGUGGUGUGAGGAGGAAAACAGGAAAUGUGAAAGUGUGGGAGGCGCAAACGAAUCCUAUUUUCUUUUGAGAAUAACUGUGGCUGAAGCCAGAGUUAGGCACAGGAAACUAUCAACCAACGUAUGUUGAUAGACAAUUGAUUGUAGAUAGCUAAAAGAAGUAUAUGUGUAUCUAUCACUCCAUAGUAUGGUAUCUGUAUGAAACUGUUAUGCCUGGGUCAGAUUGUUUGCUUUUGGCUUUGAACUUGAUUUCAACCUGGAUAUGUUUACUUAAGGCGUGGCAAAAGCUGCCCUAUAAAGGAGAAUGGGGGUAGUGCCAGUCUGUCACUUCGUUGAUGUUGUCUGGAGAGUUACACCGGAGGCAUCGCAGCUUUUCCACUGCUCCACUUCCCUUCCUCACCCUUUGUCAUUGACCCUCCCUGAGACAGACAGCAAGGUGAAGGAUCUCUCUCUGCUGAGAAGGAAAAAGGACCAAAAAAUAGCAGUAGGUGCAAAGUUGGGUGUUAUUCCUUUCUCCAUUUCACGUAAGUAAAUGUGUUGGAGGAGAUCCCAGGACUAAAGAAAUGUUUGCUUCUGAAUAAUAAUAAUUUCCUUCCUUCAUUGAGAGUCAGUCUCUAGUUUUCCUCCAGUGUUUCACAAUAUGUCUGAACCAGUCUUUGCAAGUGUUUGAAAUCCUCCCUCUCUCCCCACAUCCUGUGGCAGUGGGCAGUCCAAGGGUAGCGCCUCUGGGACCCAUUGCAUUGUAAAUAUGUCCCUUCAAACUCUUCCUGCUUCAGAGAUCAGUAGCGAUAAGAAGCUCUCCAACCAUGCAGGCGGUUUUCUACUGUAAAAGUUGUUGUGAUUUGUGUUGUUGCUGGUGCACCCAUGAGAGCCAACCUGUGGCCAGGGCUCAGGAUGCUGGUGUGGAGAAGACGGUGCAACCCAGGUGCGUGUGACCACAUGGGCUGCCUCAUCAGUGGCAUGGACGGAUGUAGAGCUCAUGUACGUGUGCCCCUAGACACAAUGCUGAUGAAGUUAUUACCACAAGAGAAAAGUAGUUAAGUGUGUUAUUUUCUUCAGUCUGGUUGCUAAUUUAUUCUGGAUAUGUUAAACAACAUAAUUAAACACACACACACAUGCUUAAAAACUCUUGUUCUCUGUCAGAAGAGAGGGAACGCGUGUCAGACCCAGCCUUCAAGCUCUGUUAGUUUUAAUUUGAGUUUUGGAAUUAGUAAUCAGUUUUGCUGGAACACUAUUGCAAGAAAUAGAUCUUAGCAUGCAUGGGGCCUGGGCACAGUUUCAAAUGAGUAUUUGUUAAGAAGAAGCCAUUCCCUUGUCAUGUUAUGGUACAUUAUGUGAGAUUUAUUUCCAUUGUAUUAAAAAGUGCAAGCCCAAGGGGAAUGUUCUGUCUUCUUGUUGGCCGAGGGUGAUUUCUGAAUUCCACCUGAUUUUUUUUGUGGGGCUUUUAAUUAAAACAAUGAGAUGCAAAACUCCUUAUAUCUUAGGCUACUGUUAAAAUGCCAGGAGGCCAAGUUACUUAAAACAUGGAGAAAGGUGAUGGCACUAAGUAGAAAGUGUGUCUGUGUGGGGGAAGGGUCUGUAUCACACCUUCAGUGUGGCUGGUCUGUGUUUUUUCACGUGUGAACAAUUCACAAUAAAAUCUGAGGCUUUGCUUUUACUGGAGCCAUCUGCUCUCUUUGUACUGCACCAGGGACAUAUCAGAUCUACACGUAAGUCUUUUUGGUAGCAAAGAGCCUUUUCAUCUACUUUAAAAUUAAAAUUUAAAAAAUCACGAUGGCAUCCGGUGGCUUGAAAGUGAAACCAAGUGACUUCAGGCUAGAAAUUAGCACAGUGGAGUUAAUUAACUGUAGGAGUGGCUUUCCCAGGGCAUAUGAUGGAUUUUCCAGUGUUAAUUUAUGGGAAGGUACAUCUUAAGUAGAAGCCAGGAGCCAGGGAAAGGAACCGCUGAAUCAAGUGCGGUGGCAUCUGCCAUGCAAGAAGCCAGAGGAGGGGAUUCCAGUGAUCCUUCUUGACCUUGUAAGUCUGCUAACGCAGACUUCACCAGGAGCUCCUUGUCCUAAGGGAAGGAACAAAAUGGGAAUUAUAGCUCAGGAUAGUUGCCUUUUUGUUUUUGUGAGGGCAGCUGUGAAUGAAGGGUAAAAAUGAAGGGUGAAAAUGAAGGGUGAAAACUAACGUAGAUUUUGACCCAGCAACAUGUAAUUUUUGUAUGAUGAACCAGGAGGCAAGGCAAGAUGAAUGGUUUUCCUGCUAUUUCUCUGAACUCGAGAACAGAGCUUUUUAGCUGAAGGAAGAUCCCCAGGAGCUGGUAUACACAUGUGCAUCUCUCUGUACAUCCACACGGCUCUGGGGAGUGCACCUGAAAGCCCCUACUCUGGAAAGGGGAAUGAUGCUUGCCCCUGGCUCUGCUCAGACGUUGGAGCAGGGAUGGCAAACAACAGGGACAACGGGAAGCCUCCAGAAUGUGAAGAAAUUUAAUAACCAGGACUUCAGCCGCCUGCGAGCCUCCUGUCUGAGCCAAGGACUGCUUUUUGAGGAUGCCACCUUUCCCGCUCAUGUCAGCUCUAUCGGUCCCAACCUGCUUCCAGAGGAUACUCUGCGCCGAAUACAGUGGAAGAGGCCAACUGAACUUCAGAGAAAUCCUUAUUUGAUUGUAGAUGGAGUUAGCAGAUUUGAUAUCAUGCAAGGAGAAAUUGGUGACUGCUGGAUGCUGGCAGCUCUGGGCUCCCUGACACUGCGGAAGCAAUUUUUGGAAAAUGUUUUACCAAAGGACCAAGGAUUCCAGGAUGAUUAUGCAGGGAUUUUUCAUUUCCGGUUCUGGCAAUGUGGAGCCUGGGUGGAUGUAGUGAUAGAUGACCGGCUGCCAUUCCUAAAUGGAAGAUACCUGUCUGUACAGCCUCGAACAUCAAACGAAUUCUGGCCAUCCUUGCUGGAAAAAGCAUAUGCCAAGUUACGGGGCUCCUAUCAGAACUUGCACGGAGGUUACCUUUCUGAUGCUUUAGUAGACCUCACAGGUGGAGUCCAAGUGCAGUUUUCAUUGAAGGAUCCCCCUCCUGAUCUGGAGGAAAUACUGAAAGCAGCUGACAAAUCUAAUUGUCUGAUGGGGUGUAGCACCUCAAGCCAGCUGAAGAGAAACAUAGAGCUGAGGAAUGGGAUUGUACAGGGUCAUGCCUACACUGUCACAGGAGCUGUGAAGAUACGCUACAAGAAUGGCUGGAAACAUAUCGUCAGGAUCUGGAAUCCGUGGGGCCAUGGGGAGUGGAAGGGAUCCUGGAGCGAUAACUCUCCUCAGUGGGACUAUGUUGAGCCUAAAUACAGAGAAGCCCUCCUCAGAAAUAAGGACGAUGGAGAAUUCUGGAUGUCCUGUAAAAACUUCCAGGAGCAAUUUUCCCACCUGUAUAUAUGUAACCGCACCCCAACGUUUCUGGACUUUGGAGAUCAGCACAGCACAGUGUGGUCUGUAGACGGGCACAGCAACCUGUGGAGUCCAGGGCUUGCCACAGGCAGGAACAAGUAUUUCCCAGCAGGUUCAAUUUCAACAAACCCUCAGUAUUUCUUCAAAGUGCCAGAUUAUGACCCAAAAACCUAUAAUGUAGUCAUUUCACUCAUGCAAAAACACUCUGAGGAUAUACAGGAUGCAAAAACCCUGAAGAUUGGCUUUUUUAUCACCACGGAGAACUCCAAAGUUCUGGAACAGAAUUUUUCCCUGACUCGAGAUGUGACAAACUACUUUAUCUUGAGCCCAGGAACCUAUGCUGUCGUUCCUGCUACAACAGAGGACCAAGAAUUUGAAUUUCUCUUACGUAUUUUUGUGAAGAAUCAAGACUACAAUGAGAACUCGAACUCCCUGCCCAGCCAAGCACUGCCAGUGGAUGAACCAAGACAGAACCAGGACAGCUCCUAUAAGGCUGUCUUCCUAAGAUACGCUAAUCAGGACUCAACUAUUGAUGCCUUGCAGCUGCAACAGCUCCUUAAUGAAGUGAUCCUGCAAGAUGAAAUGACCAGCCUGGGAGGAAGAUUCAGCUUCGAUUCAUGCAGAGGCAUUUUAGCUCUGAUGGAUCUCAACUCGAAUGGACGACUCACACUGCAGGAGUUUGGGAGCCUCUGGCGAAGUCUCACUAAGUACAUGGACAUCUUCAGCAAGGAAGACAGAAAUCAUUCUGGAUUUCUUGAUGUGUCUGAAUUGAAGAGUGCGAUACAGACAGCAGGUCUGGCUACCAAUGAGCAGCUCCUACACCUGAUGGCCUUGCGGUAUGGUGAUGCUGGCAGGAGAAUUGGCUUCUCUGACUUCGUGUGCUGCAUGCUGCGCCUUGAAACCAUGACCCGUGCAUUUCAAAACUUAGCAGGGGAUGGAUCACAAAUUUUGAUGACAGCAAUGGAGGUAAAAAUGCUCCUGCCUUCUCUCCCAGUCCAAAGUGGGACCACUAAGUGUGUUAGCAGGAGGGUGAAGUUAAAGUGGCUGACUCUUGUCAUGUACACCUAAGGGGAUGUCAGAGCUCAAAGUGGCUGGUGGCUUUUCUGCUCCUCAGCAGGACACAGCUCAAGGUCAUCUCAUACAAGACCCAUCCUUGGGGAUCUUGAAAAACCACGACGAAGGGGUGAAACCAGGUUUCUCGUGGACAUUUGCUUAUGCUUGAUGGUACUCAGAUGUUGGGAUGAAGAGUCCUUUUCAGGCAGAACGGACUUGCUUUGGAGAGAGAAAGCUGGAUAAUGAGAGAGAUCCAUGGGCAAGCUGGUAGUACUUAAUGGCCAGGACAAGCUGAAAGUGCUGACUAGAAUCUCUUCUCAUCUUCCUGUAAAUAGUAUGGCUGGUUCUCUUAGUUAAUACACAGAAGUCAGGAACAGCUUCAUUAAGUCAAGAAAGAGCUUCAAGUAAGAACAGAGUUAGGCCUUUUGUGUGGAAGGAGUGCCUAUCACUUAGGUAACAAAAACAAUUAAGGCACAGUUCUAUUAGAAUUAUUUCUUAAUUUGCUUGUGUGCCAUUUUUAAAUGCCAGAAAAAGGUUGAAAAAAUUAACCAUAAUUCAUAAAUAACAUGAAAAGGUUUGUGAUUUUUUAAAAAAAUUUUAUUAAUUUAAAAAAAAAAAAAGUCUGUGCAUAUUUGAGUUCAUCAGCUGUAGGGAUUCCAUUUAUUUAUUAUGAAGCAUAUUAGAGAUGGAGAACAGAUUGUUCAGUGUUUUUUUCUGAUUUUCUAUAUCAGGAUUGUCUGGGAGGAGACAAAUUUAUCUGAACUGCAUUCUCUUUCUGUGUCCUGAUGUCUUUAAAAAUAUAGGGAUUCUUCAGAUAUAA